GACACGGGCGGUGGUCUGAGGAGAAGAGACAGCUUUUUGCCUCCCAGCGUGAGGCCGGGGGGAGGGGGGCAAGGCAGGAGGGGGGCAAACCUCUUUUGGGACUAACCUCAUGAAGAACAAGGGAGCCAAGCAGAAGCUCAAGAGGAAGGGAGCCGCGAGCGCGUUCGGCUGCGACCUGACGGAGCAUCUGGAGAGCUCUGGGCAGGAUGUCCCCUAUGUGCUGAAGAGCUGUGCGGAGUUCAUUGAGACUCAUGGCAUCGUGGAUGGGAUAUAUCGCCUCUCAGGAGUGACGUCCAACAUCCAAAAGCUGAGACAAGAGUUUGUUUCUGACCAAUGCCCGGACCUGACAAGGGAAGUUUACCUCCAGGACAUCCACUGCGUGGGGUCUCUCUGCAAGCUGUACUUCAGGGAGCUGCCCAACCCUCUCCUCACUUAUGAGCUCUACAAGAAAUUCACGGAAGCAGUAUCACGCUUCCCUGAGGACGAGCAGUUGGCACGAAUACAAAAUGUCAUCCAGGAGCUCCCACCAUCACAUUACAGAACGCUGGAAUACCUGAUCAAGCACCUGACUCACCUGGCCUCCUUCAGCAACAUGACCAACAUGCACACCAGAAACCUGGCCUUGGUGUGGGCUCCCAAUCUCCUCAGGUCAAAGGAGAUAGAGGCUGUUGGCUGCAAUGGGGAUGCAGCUUUCCUGGAGGUGCGAGUCCAGCAGUUGGUGAUAGAGUUCAUCCUGAAUCACGUGGAUCAGAUCUUCAGCAAAAACAGAAAAGCCAGCUCUGCAGAGAACAUUGAGAACGCACCAAUUGUGAGAAAUCUGUCACUCCCCUCGGCCUCCCUGCCGAUGAAGCUGGUGAGCCUGGAAGAAGCGCAGGCACGGAGCCUGUCAGCCUCCCACCCUGCUAGGAAGGAGAGGAGAGAGAACAGCUUGCCUGAGAUUGUCCCUGUAACCGGCUCCCUCUUCCACACAGUUGUUGACCUCCCUGACAGCAAGAGAAAGCUAUCUACCAAGUCCAAGAAAUGGAAGUCGAUAUUUAACUUGGGCCGUUCUGGCUCAGAAUCAAAGUCUAAAUUGAGUCGAAAUGGGAGUGUCUUCGUAAGGGCACAGAAACUCUCUGAAAAAGCAACCAUUCGGCCCGCAAAGAGCAUGGACUCACUGUGUUCCCUGCCAGUGGAAGGGGAGGAUGAGAAGAGCAGAUUCAAACGGGCAGUGACUACUGGAGGGUUUUUCGUCCCGGUGAUGAAAAUGCGGACCGGAGGCACAGGCAGCUCAUACGACCUCAGCAAGGAGAACGAGUGGGAGCGGGAAGGAUCUGCCAUGGGGGCAAAAGGAAGCUCAGAGCUGAGUGGGGACAAAGCUCCUUGCCGGACACCACAUACAAAAUCACCCCCCGAGCAGCUGAAGGUCUUCCGAGCAGCAGAGGAUGCCGAAAAUGACCAGACUUGCCCCAAAGGCAGCCGGAUGUUCUACACCUCUGAAACAGCCGCCAAGUCAGGCUUUCCCAGCAGCCUCUUCCCCUUGGAGGCCUCCCCACGGCACCAGAGGAAAGCCCUGAACAUCUCAGAGCCCUUCGCUGUCUCUGUCCCACUCCGGGUGUCCGCAGUCAUCAGCACUAACAGCACCCCGUGCCGCGUGCCCGCCAAGGACAAGCCUUCCCUCUCCAGCCUGGAGGAGCUGUCUGUCCUGGUGCCUGAGAGCCCCAGCCCCUCGGCCCUGGAAGCGGGGAGCCACACGAGGAUGGAGCUGGCCCCAGAGAAGAAGGAGAAGCCACCAGGACCUCUCCUGACAACGGGAGCAGCCCGAGGUAAAGGCUCUCACCCCGAGGAGCUGGUGGCAGCCAGGAAACCCGAGACGUUAGAAACUGCACAACCCGCAGCAGAAAAUCAGGAGAUGUUAUGUGGGCAGAGCAGCAGCACCAGCAGCAGCAGCAGCCUCCAGCAAUCCUCAGAGCAAAGUCCCACCUUGGAGCAAACUCCAGCCUCAGAGGUUCAUGCAGGGAUGCUCCCUGCAGGCAAGGCAGAGCAAGGGCCGCUCAAGAUGAAGGACAUCUCCCCAGAAGGCAGCUGUGGCCAGCAGGAUAUCCAGAAGGCUAAGCCGGAGGAGGCGCCACGCUUAAGGGAUGCGACUGAGGAGGACCCUGUGAAUGCUCUUCUAGAACCGCUGUGGCCAGAGAUACAGCAUGAACUGAAAAUCAUUGAACCUGAAGAAGAGCUCUUGAUCUUGCCAGCAGCUGUCCCCAAGACAGGCCCAAUUUCUGACUCUUCUUCAGCACAAACAAAUAGCUUUUCCUCUGGCCCAGGGCAAAGCCCAACCCUGUCUGAGCAGAAAUCUGCAUGUGGGACACCACAGACCACAGCUCAGGUGCCUUUAUUUGGUGCCAGCAACGUGGAACGACCAGACAGCCACCACAGCUGCCAGUCUGAUGUGGCUGCACAGCAGAGCUGUGCUCCAGCCCUACCCAAACCGGGUACUGUCCCGACUGGUGCAGCCAUACCAAAGAACCACCACCCAGUGGUGGAGGACAGCAUGAGUGAAUGUCUCACUCCUCCCCUGGACUGGAAGCUUCAUAGUCAACCAGACAUUAAUGAGGUUCCCCCAACAGACACAUUUUCUCUUUCCAAAGGAGCCUGCUCAGAGCCAGAGAAAGAAAAAGAUAGCACUUGCAAGCUGCAGAAGGAAAGUGAGGGUCAUACCAGAGUCCAUACUCAGAGGGAAAAGCCUGAGAUAAUGCCUGCUGAUGGAAGGGACGCAUUCGCCUCCAAGGAGCUGAGUGGAGCUGGAAUCCAGGAGCUGAAGGAGGGCAAUGCUGUUAGCAGAACUCAUGAAGCUGGUGAGCAGGAUGAUGAGGAUACCUGGACAGACAACGUGCAGAGCUUAGAACUUGUGGAGCCAUGGGAGGAUCAUCAGUGGGUCACGAGUCCCCUCCACUCCCCCACCUUUAAGGACAUUCAAGAGAAGACAAUACCAGAGCUUCAGCCACAGAGUCAGAGAUCAGAGACAGGCCUUUCUCUUAGACCACGAUUCAGUCGCAGCCUCUCCCUGGAUAGUAAAGACACGGUGAUGACUCUGUGGACUAUCCCAUUCCCUUUCAUAGAUGCCCCUGAGCAGCAGCAACCUUGCAGUGACAUCUUGCCAGCGUCUUGUGAGCUGCCCAAAACACAGCCCAUCUCCCCCUCUAGUUUGGGCAGAGCUAAGCAAGAUGAGAAUAGCACAAGUCUUCCAGAAGAACCCCUGAAACCUGAUGAGCUGAGGUAUCCCCAUGAUCGGGAGGAAACACCAGCUAAGCAAGAAGAACCCUCCAGAAUCCCUCUUUCAGAACCAGAGGAGAAAAAAGUGGACGCGAGCAAAGAAAACCCUUGGAGCUCAAAGCUCGAGCUGUCUUUGUCGUACCCAAAUACCCCAGAGUGUUCUUUAGAGACAAAGAACACAAAGGAGGAGUUGCCCAUAUCUCAAGACACUGCCCUGGGAGGAGAUGCUGUUACCAAAGCAUUGUGCUCUGCCACUGAAUCAGGUCUGAGUAAUAAAGGUGAAGAAACACCUCGUAAAGUGAAGACUAGGCCAUCGUCCCUCAACUUGGAUACACUCCUUCCAGCCCCAGAUUUCUUCACUUUUGAGAGCCUGGCCUUGCCCUCUGCCACUGGGCACCACCUCUGUGGGCAGAAGGAAGUGAAAAGCAGUGACUCUGUCCCGUCCCUGCCAACUGCCUGCCCUGCUGUGGGUAAAGGUGUUCCCUGGGGAUCUCCUUUCAACACCCACGUGGAUCUGGACUUGGAUUACCUGGCCAUGGCCCAUGCCACCACCGGCCGUCGUAACUCUGCCCCUGUCAGUGUGUCGGCGGUCAGAACCUCCUUCAUGAUUAAGAUGUGCCAGGCUAGAGCCGUGCCUGUGAUACCGCCGAAGAUUCAGUACACCCAGAUCCCCCAGCCCCUGCAGGCUCAAAAUGCUGCUCCCCCAGCAGAGAAGAAGGAGGCAGAAGCUAAGCAGGCUGGCAGACAGACUCAGCGGGUGGCAUGGGGCCACCUGGAACCCCCCAAGAGCCCACAGACAGAGAAGAAAGCCAAGGCGGAGAAAGAGAACAGUGACCCAGCUCAAAAGGACUCAGCCUGCCCUUGGCACAGCAGCCUUGGAUCUUCACUGGAGUCAUCUCAAUCCAACCAUAACCCUGGCCUGGAUGCCCCCGUUCUGCGCCGAAAGCGCACUUCAGAGGGGGAGACGGCUGAAGAUAACCCACAGUCCUCGAAGAUGGAGAGGCCGUCGGGGUUCUCCAAGCCUUCCUAUAGAUCUAGGCCCGGGAGGCCCCAGAGUCUGAUUCUCUUCAGCCCCCCUUUCCCCAUUAUGGACCACCCCUCCUCUUCAGCAGACUCCAGGGUGCUGUUAUCACCCAUAAGGAGCCCCACUCAGACCACCUCUUCGAGCCCCAUCUGUGGCGAUCUGUCUGAGACUUCGAGGACAACACCCGAGGGGGUGACGCUGCGGAACAAAAUGACCAUCCCCAAGAAUGGCCAGAGACUGGAGACUUCUACCAGCUGCUUUUACCAGCCACAGAGGCGCUCUGUGAUUCUGGAUGGACGAAGUGGGAGGCAGAUUGAAUAGCAACAGCCUCCCUUACUCCUUUUCUGUGGUGGAUGGGAUGGCAGUGUCUAUACCAAGACCAACUCUUUCAAUUUUGCUGUUGGUGUAACUGUUUUGUGCAAGGAGGACCCAAAUCUUUUACCAUUUCCUGCGAAGCAUUUUGCUCACAGUCUUUUUGUCUUGCUUUUCCUUCCCUUUCUCAUCCCUUUGUAGUCCCUCACUGUCUUGCUUUUUUGUAAACCAGUCCCAAGGAACUUGCCUUUCCUCGUUCUUGUUAUCUAACAAGCCCUGUGGAAGCCUCAUCCUCUCUACAGGAAAAAGAAAAAAAAAAAAAAAAAAAAAGGAAAAGUAAAUCUCAGAAUAAC